AAUGGAUCAAUCAAUCAAUAACUAUUUUAUUUAUAUUUUGAGACAGUAUCAUAGAGGACAGUAGUUUUGUUAUUCGGCGUUCGAAAUACUUCCGAGAUUGAAAGUCAAAUUUAAAUUUAACAAAAUCCUAGUCAGAAUCUGAGAAUGGAAACCGAUAGUUGGUCCGAAGGUCGUCAGUUACUGUUGCAGCGAUGCAAAAGUAGAGCCAUUAAGUGUUUAAAAGAACACGAAUAUAGCCGUGCCUUUGCUCAUUUCAUUGUGGCUUUAACUGUUGAGCCUUCUGUUAAAGGAGAAUUAUUAAAUGCUUUUCUGUUUACUUUAGAAAAAGUGGCUGGAGAUUUAGAGAAAAACAAGCAAGUUAAUGAAGUAAUAAUGUGCUAUGAACAAGCUCUUGAAGUUUUACCUAAUGAUUCUCAUGUGCUGCAUGGAUUGGCUACAACUUUAUUUAGAUUAGGUUAUGUGGAAUGUUCUCUUUCUUACUUUUUGAAAUCCUAUGAAGCCAAUCCUUUUUUCACCCCAUCAUUGUAUUGCAUGGAAAAUUUAAAAAAUGCUUUGGUGGAGAGAUGGCAUUUUGUAAUGCUGAAUGAUAGUGUCAGAAAUAAUGCAUACAAGCAUGCAAUAAAGCGAGCUGUUGAAAAAGGUUACAACCAAGUGCUUGAUAUAGGAGCUGGUACAGGUAUCCUUAGCAUGAUGGCUGUUGAUACUGGUGCAGAAAAAGUUUAUGCCUGCGAAGGAAGUGAAAUAUUAUUUGAAGUAUUACAAAGUGUCAUUAAAAUGAAUAAUAAACCUAUUGAAGCUUUUUUAAAGCACUCAACUGAUUUAAACAUACCGGAUGAUAUACCUGAAAGGGUAAAUUUAAUUGUAACAGAAAUAUUUGAUGCUGGUCUUUUUGGAGAAAAUAGUCUUGAAACUCUGAGCCAUGCAUGGAAGCAUUUAUUACAAGAGGAGUGUAACUCGACAUCCGACAUGUCACCAUCUGAUGUUGUUGAAGGAAAUCUUAAUAAAAAUCAAGCUAAUAGUGAAUCGCCCAAGGAAGAAUUAAUACCAAGAGUGAAAAUUAUUCCACAUAGUGCUACUGUGUAUGCUGUACCCGUUGAAUGUGAGAAAUUCAGAAAAAAUUUUAAGCUAGAGGAUGCUGUGUUGAAUAUGCUUGGAAUUAAAGAUUGUGUGAUUCCACAAUUUCUUGAUGAAGAACCAUAUUCUACUGAAAAAAUAAAGUACUUAUCAGAGAAUUGCAAAAUGUUGAGUGAACCUGCUCCUAUUGUUGAAGCAAACUUCAAUUCAUAUCAGAGUAUCAAAGAAUUGCUUCAAGGAAAGUUGCUAAAUCCUGAGUUUAAGUGCACCAAAAAUGGAAAUGUCGAUGCAUUUGUGGUGUGGUUUGAUUUGUACUUGGAUGAAGAAGAGAUGAUAUCAUCAUCACCAAGAGAUUCAUCUCAGGAAUGUUGCUGGGAGCAAGCUAUAUUUUAUGCAUUGCCUCAAUAUAUUAAUGGCUCAUCUCAUUGUUACAUCGGAGAUAAUAUACAAGCAGAGUUUCUAUGUAAAGGCCAUUUGCAGUUAAAAAACAUCAAAAUAGCUGAAGGUGUUGUGAGCAUGCAAUCUGAUCAAAGAUUAACCAUGGAUCCAAACCUAAUAUAUUUGUUGAACUCUUACAUGGCGGGUGAUAUCAUCAAUUUCAAUCUGAGUGACAUGUCAAAUAUGGACAAUGCUGAGAUUCUUGAUAUCUCUACAUUUCCAGUUGUAGGUCUGAAAUCGCUCAUAAAUAACCCUUCUUACACACUCACUGUGCUGAAGAGUCCAUUUCAGUCUGAAGUUGAACAAAUAUGUGCCCUGCACGGCAUUCCUUAUAACAAAGUAGUUUUUAAAUCUUAUGAAGAUUUUUUCCGAACAAAACUGCAGAGUGACUUUCUAAUUGUUGAUCCCGUGGAAAUAAGUGGACUGCUGAAGAAAAAUGUCCUGGAAGACAUUAGUGUUAUGAGAUUGCAAUGUUUGAAAAGCACUGGAGUAGUUGUUCCUGGAGAAUUGGAAUUACACGCUAUUCUUGUUGAAAGUGAAACUUUAAAGGAAUACUCGAAACUGGUAUCUGAUGAAAAAGUUGCAGGCUACAAAAUUUCUCAAGUUAUAAAUGCUUAUCAGUGUCGAAUCCAUCAGGAUAUACAACUGUCUACUUUGCCUCAUAGAAGCCUAAGUCAACCUACCAAACUGCACCAAAUUAACAUGAAUUCAACUGAAAAUGGGUCUAAGUCCAGCAUCAUUGAAAGCCAGAAAACAACAGAAGUUGAAAUUACAGAGGAUGGCAAAAUCACUGCCAUUGUUUAUUGGUUCGGACUUAAGUACCAUUCAGGUAUUUAUGUUAAUACAUCUGAUCCAAAUGGCUUAUUCAAGCAAGCCGCUUGCCUUUUGGAAGACGAUGUCUGUGUUAAGAAAGGAGAAAAAAUAUGCUUGCAGUGGAGUUUAAAAAAUAGCUGCUUGCAAAUUGGUGUUUAUGAUAAUGAAACUACUGUUUUAAAAUAAAUGUUUGCAUUUUCCUAGGAUUUGCCGUGAAGAGUUCAAUAUUUCGAGUAUUAAAUUUUGAUUUCAUGUGCUGGUGUUGAAUGUGCAGUACAUUCAUGAGGUGCUUUUAAUGUUCAGAUUGAAAUAUUUGAAUAGCUAUUUGUAUGGCAUCGUUAGGAAUGUUCUCUGUGCCCUGAAAUAAAAAUUGUACUAAACUGCAAUUUUAAUUGGAAUACUUCAAUUUAUUGCUUUUUAUACACAUGUUUUUAUAAUGUGUGAUUAUAAAAUAUCAAUGGGCCCUACUACUCAUAUACAGCCAGGUUAAAUUUGACUAAUUUUGUAGUGAAAUAUUUCAUUUUUAAAAAAAUUAUGGAAGUUAUAUAAAAUUAAAAGGCAUUAAAUUAAAGAAAAAAUGAGGGGCAUAAGAAUGUCAUGUUUUAUUAAACAAAACAUGUUUUUAUUCUCAGAAUCUUGUUUUUCACCUAGGUGACCACUAGACUUAAUGUCUGAGAUAUGCAUAAUAUUUUAGCAAUUUGAUUUAUUGAAAUAAUAAUUCAAAGCCCUUUUGUUAUUUCAUGAUCACUCUGUAUAUGUUUUAUUCUCUUUCUUUUUUAAUAUAAAAUAUUUAUAUUGAAAUAACAACUGAUAACUAACGAAAUUUGACUUAUUUUGUAGUGAAAUAUUUCAUUUUUUAAAAAACUUAUGGAAGUUUUAUACCCAUUGAGGGAUAUAAAAUUAAAAGGCAUUAAAUUAAAGAAAAAAUGAGGGGCAUAAGAAUGUCAUGUUUUACUAAACAAAACAUGUUUUUAUUCUCAGAAUCUUGUUUUUCACCUAGGUGACCACUAGACCUAAUGUCUGAGAUAUGCAUAAUAUUUUAGCAAUUUGAUUUAUUGAAAUAAUGAUUCAAACCACUUUUGUUAUUUCAUGAUCACUCUGUAUAUGUUUUAGUCUUUUUUUUUUAAUAUAAAAUAUUUAUAUUGAAAUAACAACUGAUAACUAACGAAAUUUGACUAAUUUUGUAGUGAAAUAUUUCACCAUUCAAAAAAUAUCUUGGAAGUUUUAAUGCCAUUGAAGGAUUUAAAAUUAAAAGGCAUUUAAUUAAAACGAUUUCUAAAAGAUUGAGGGGUAUAAUAAUAAAUUAAAACUUUGUGUUUUAUCAAACAAAAUGUGAUAUUUUUAUGCUCAGAAUCUUGUUUUUCACUUGAAUAGCCACUGCACCUAAUUUCUGAGAUAUGCAUAUUAUUUUAGCAAGUAAUAAUAUUGCAUAUUGUAAUAAUGUUUCAAAUGACUUUUGUUAUUUUAUGGUUUUAUACUUUUUACUUUUGAAUAACAACUGAAUUUAAAAAAAAUUGAUACAAAAUGCUUUCAAGUGUUUAGUACUGCUUCUGAUGAACUUCAGCAGUUUAUUAAUUAUAUUCAGUUUGUAUCAUUUAUGCAUUAUCUUAAUAUUAUACUAUUUAAAGUUGAGGAUUGAAAAGUGCCACAGCUUUUUAAGAGAUGUUAAUAAUGUAAUAAAAUUGUUUUAGAUCCUUUACUUUAUGUAUUUAAAUUUUAAAUUAGCUUAUUAAAUUUGUGUCAAUAUUA